AUGCCGGCGCACAUUCGCGCGGCUCAGCAGGCUAUCCAGGCGGCCAAGGGGCACGUCCACCUGAAGGGUAGCAGCAUGGACAAGAUCACGUCCGUGGUGAUUCCCUUGGGCUUCACCGUCGCCGCCAUGGGUCUCCUGACCAAGGGUCUCGACGACCUGAGCUGGGGCAAGAACCGCAAGGAGGGCUUCUGA